AUUUUCUCAGUCACGCUCGUAAAGGCGCGAAGACCGGUCGCUAACUGGUUUAGUUUUUAAAUUACCCACCAAGAAAGAUUAUUUACUACCGCCUAAAAAUAUAUUUUAAACUGUGAAAUGACAUAAGUUUAGUUUUAAAGUAAAAAUGAUUUAUAAAAUUGCAUUUUGUUUGUUGUUGUGUGUUUUUCAAUCGAACGGAGCAGACGAGGGCGAGGCCUGCAACAAGAAUGGGACUCCAGGAGUGUGCAUUAACAUCAGGGACUGCAAAUCUGCCAGGGAAGACUUGAGGAACAAGAAAUUCCCUCAGAUCUGUUCUUACAUCGGGUCUGACCCAGUGGUGUGCUGCGUCGACAAUGCUCCCCCUCCACCACCAACCACCACCACCACCACCACCACAACCACCACUAGUCGACCACCAGUCAUCACCACUAACAGACCCCCAAACAACGGCCCCUCGACCCCCUACAUCCCCGUGUAUGACUACGUCAACAACGACGGCUCCCCGUCCGGUUGUGAGCCGCUGUCACCCAAGCUGACCUCCCCCAAGAUUGGACAGAAGGCCUUUGACAAAUGCGUGGAGUACCAGCAGUCUCUCAUCUACCCGUGCAAGAAGGGAGUGGCGCUGAUCGGCGACUUCACCAGGGCUCACCAGUGCCACCACAACGCCGAAGACCUGAUCAUCGGCGGAGACCCGGCGAAGAAGGACGAGUUCCCGCACAUGGUCCUCCUCGGCUUCGGCAACGACAUAGCCACCGUCCAGUUCCAGUGUGGCGGCUCCCUCAUCAGCGAGCAGUUUGUGCUCACCGCGGGACAUUGCACCGUCAGCAGGGAAGGCGGUCCAGUAACAUACGCGCUCAUGGGUGCCCUCAAGCGGUCGGACCCCAUCAACAACGACCUGCUACGGCGCGUCAAGCGAUACAUCCCCCAUGAUGACUACAAGCCGCCUCAUAGGUACAACGACAUAGCUCUGGUCGAGCUGGAAUCCCCGGUCAAGCUCUCCCAGUUCCUGGUGCCUGCGUGUGUUCACGCCGGGGACUCGCCUGAGGACCGAGUGCUGGCCACGGGAUGGGGCCUCACCGAGCAUAGGGGGUCCACGUCUGAUGUCUUACAGAAGGUGAUUCUGAACCAGUUCACGACUGAGGAGUGCUCAGUCAAGUUCCCCGUCCACCGCCACAUGAAGCAGGGCUUCGACCCCAACACGCAGACCUGCUACGGAGACAAGAUGGAGCGCAAGGAUACCUGCCAGGGCGACAGCGGCGGCCCCAUCCAGCUCAAGAGCAAGAAACUCCACUGCAUGUAUGUGGUGACGGGAGUGACGUCAUUCGGGAAGCAGUGCGGGAACAAGGGCGAGCCGGGGAUCUACACGCGCGUGGCGCAUUAUGUGGACUGGAUCGAGGGGAUCGUGUGGCCCAACUAAAGACCCAGAACAGAAUGGAGCUCAAAACUGAUUAAUUACUAAAGCCAGGUCCGUGAGCACGUAGAAUUUGGUCCAAUGACCGCAAGCUACCCAUCCUUAUCGCUCGCGCGUAAUUAUGUUGCUGUCGCGCUCGCACACUCACUGCAGGCGCCCGUCGCAAAGUCGCGACAGCAAUAUAAUUACGCGCGAGCGAUAAGGAUGGGUAGCUUGGGGUCAUUGGACAAAAUUCUACGUGCUCACGGACCAGGCUUUAACAAUCUUAAUAUAAUAAGUAAAAUAAACAAUAAAAGUGAAUUCAGUUUCAUUGUAAGCAAAGAAAGAAUACCAUAUAAUAGACAAAAAAGAAAGAAAUACUUAUUAGACUAGCAGACCAGUUAAAGUAUUAUGAUGCUACUCAGUCUAAGUGUCUAAUGCCCGUUUUCACCAUCAAUUCCUAAUUUUUAAGUGACCCCUAUGAAAACAAAAUUCAUGUUAGGUAUGUGUUAGCAUAGGGGUCACUUACAAAUUAGGGACUGAUGGUGAAAACGGGCAUAAGUAUCUUGACUAAAACAAUAGCCCCCCUUGUCCCUAUCCUAGACUAGAACCCCUAUAGUGUGGCCCUACUAAGGCGAUCAUAAACGUAAAGAGAGGGCAAGAGAGGGUAGCUCCCCCUCAGAAAAUAGUAGGUAGACCUUAUGCAUUGUCAUUAGUGUCAGAGUGUGGCUUAGGUACCCCUGCAAUAUAAUCACCCCUCUCCUAGACUAGAAUGCCCCCCUCUCCUAAGCUAGAAUGCCCCCCUCUCCUAGACUAAGAUGCCCCAUCCAGCUCAAGAGCAAGAAACUCCACUGCAUGUACGUGGUGACGGGAGUGACGUCAUUCGGGAAGCAGUGCGGGAACAAGGGCGAGCCGGGGAUCUAUACGCGCGUGGCGCAUUAUGUGGACUGGAUUGAGGGGAUCGUGUGGCCUAACUAAGGGGAUCAGGGGAGGAACGUAACUAGGGAGAGGGAGGGUAGCUUCCCUUGGACAAUAAAAUUGCUGAUAAUCUUCCUUGUUUUGUCUUUAAGUGUCUAAAAACUGAUCCUCUUCCCACCAUUCCUUACUCCUGGAGAUUUAAACUGAUUUGCACGCCUGCAACAGAAUGCGUCCCUCUCCUAAGUUAGAAUUCCCCCCUCUCCUAAGCUAGACUUCUCUCUUCUAGAUUAGAAUGCCUCCCUUUCCUAAACUAGAAUGUCCCCCUCCAAGCUAUAUUCCCCUCUCCCCUAGGUUGGAACGCCCCUUUCUCUUAAGCUAGAAUGCCCCCCUCUCCUAAGCUAGAAUGCCCCCCUCUCCUAAGCUAGACUUCCCCUCUCUCCUAAGCUACAAUGCCCCCCUCUCCUAAGCUUGAAUGCCCCCCUCUCCUAAGCUAGAAUGCCCCCCUCUCCUAAGCUAGAAUGACCCCCUCUCCUAAGCUAGAAUGACCCCCUCUCCUAAGCUUGAAUGCCCCCCUCUCCUAAGCUAGAAUGACCCCCUCUCCUAAGCUAGAAUGCCCCCUCUUCUAAGCUAGACUUCCCCUCUCUCCUAGGUUAGAAUGCCCCCUCUCCUAAGCUAGUAUGCCCCCCUCUCCUAAGCUAGAAUGCCCCCAUCCCUUGUCUUGGACUAAAAUUCCCAAAAGUUGACUAAAAGCGCGAUGUAAAUCCUAUAGAAUGAAAAGAACUGUUUUAUUGUGUAAUGAUAAAAAUGAUUUGAUACUUUUAUAAAUAAAAUAAAAUUUAAAAUUAA